AGAUACUGAAUGAAUUCAUGAUAAUGAGCAGACGACAAGCUCCACUGCUGAGCAUGCCCCGUGACCCAACAAAUGGUAGCCGUGUCUCUCCUUCACCUUCCCUCCCUAGUCUACAUGUGUCUGGUAAGUUAAAGUUCUAUCUUUAUUUUUGAGAUGAACCUACGCAUAUUAGGAUGACAGAAUGAUGUGACUAUUUGUGUCAUUGUUUAUUUGAUAAACACGAAUUACCUAGAGAUGCUUAAAAGUUUACUGAAGGAGAGGCGGGGAGAGAAGAGACCGGGGUGUGAAGAGACCGGGGUGUGAAGUGACCAGAGAAUAAAUAUACCGGAGAAUGAAGAGACAAGGGUGUGAAGAGACCGGGGUGUAAAAGACCGGGGUGUGAAGUGACCAGAGAAUAAAUAUACCGGAGAAUGAAGAGACAAGGGUGUGAAGAGACCGGGGUGUAAAAGACCGGAGAGUAAAGAGACCGGGAUGUAAAAGACCGGAGAGUAAAGAGACCGGGGUGUAAAAGAACGGAGAGUAAAGAGACCGGGAUGUAAAAGACCGGAGAGUAAAGAGACCGAGGUGUAAAAGACCGGAGAGUAAAGAGAUCGGGAUGUAAAAGACCGGAGAGUAAAGAGAUCGAGAUGUAAAAGACCGGAGAGUAAAGAGACCGAGGUGUAAAAGACCGUAGAGUAAAGAGACUGGGAUGUAAAAGACCGGAGAGUAAAGAGACCGAGGUGUAAAAGACCGGAGAGUAAAGAGAUCGGGAUGUAAAAGACCGGAGAGUAAAGAGACCGGGGUGUAAAAGAACGGAGAGUAAAGAGACCGGGGAAUUAAGAGACUGGGGUGUCAAGAGACCGGGGUGUAAAGAGACUGGAAAAUGAAGAGACCGGAGAAUGUAGAGACCGGAUAAUGAAGAGACCGGGGAGUGAAGAUACUACGGUGUGAAGAGACCGGGAAGUAAAGGUACCGGGAAGUAAAGAGACAGGGGAAUUGAAGAGAACGGAGUGUGAAUAGACCGGAGAAUGAAUAGACCGGGGAGUGAAGAGACCAGGGUGUGAAGAGACCGGGAAGUGAAGGUACCGGGAAGUAAAGAGACAGGGGAUUCGAAGAGAGGCCGGAGUUUGAAGAGACCGGGUUGUUAGGGGACAUGGGAAUGAAGAGACCGGGUAGUAAAGAGACAGACGACUGAAAAGACCAGGGAGUAAAGAGACAUUGGCGUGAAGAGACAGGGAGUGAAGAGACAGGGGAGGGUUGAGACAUGGGAGUAAAGUGACAGGAGAUUAAAGAGACUUUGGUGUCCAGAGACCGGGGUGUAAAUAUACCGGGGUGUGAUGAGACAGGGGAGGGAAGAGAUCGGUGUUUGAAUAGACCGGGGUGAAAAGAGACCAGUGAGUAAAGAGGCAAUAGAGUGAAAAGAAAGGGGUGUGAAAACCCGAUAUAAGAAGAUAGAAGCGAGUGAAGAGACAGGGGAGUGAAGAGAUCGGGGUUUAAGGGACAGGGGAGAAAAAAGGUUAGUAUGGGAAGAGAGAGAGAGAGGUGUGAAGAGACCAGGAAGUGAUGAGACACGGGAGUAAAGAGACGGCGUGAAGAGACAAAAGAUUAAAGAGAGCGAAGUUUGAAGAGAGCUAGGAGGGAAGAGAUGGGGUAAUGAAUAUGCGGGGGACUACAGGAACCGGAUAGGGAAGAGACAGGGAAGUGAAGAGACCGGAGAGUAAAGAGAUCAGGAUGUAGAGAGACCCGGGAAUGAAAGGAGCGGGAUCUGAAGAGACAGGGAAGUAAAGAGAAAGGGGAGCGAAGAGACAGGGAAGUGAAGAGACAGGGGAGUGAAGAGACAGGGGAGUGAAGAGUCAGGGGAGGGAAGAAAUGGGGGAGUGAAGAGACCGGAGAUUGAAGAGACCGGAGAUUGAAGCGACAGGGGAGUAAAGAGACAGGGAAGUAAAGAGACAUGGGAGUAAAGAGACAGGAGAGGGAAGAAACGGGCAAGUGAACAGACCGGAGAGUGAAAGGACAGGGGAGUGAAGAGACAGGAGAGUAAAGAGACAGGGGAGUGAAGAGUCAGGGGAGUGAAGAGACAGGGGAGGGAAGAGACAGGGGAGGGAAGAGACAGGGGAGGGAAGAGACAGGGGAGGGAAGAGACAUGGGGUUAAGAGACAGAGGAUUAAAGAGACGUGGUUGUUCAGAGGCCGGGGUGUAAAGAUACCGGGGUGUGAAGAGACCAGGGGCUAAAAAAGAUCAGGGAGUGAAGAGACAGGAGAGUAAAGAGACCGAAGAGCGAAGAUACCAGGGUGUGAAAAGACAAUGGAGCCUACAUGUGGCAUAAAUGUAUUAACUUUUCUAUUUCUCCAUAGGGACAUGUCAGAAAUACAGACUGAAGGGAAAGAGCUGCUACACACUUGACAAGAUGAACGGCUACUGCAGCUGUGAACCUGGUACCACCUGCAACAUGUACGAAGUACCGCUGGACAAGGCUGUACAGGUCCGGAUGAUUGCCCCCCAACGACCACGACCUGGAUACAAGUGGGUCUCAAAAUGUGAGAAACCUUCAGCGUAAACAUGGCAGUAUAUAUAGUUCUGCGACAGGCAAUGGGUCUGUGAGACGUGCAGUUGUUCCAAGGAAACAAAAAUGGAACCAUUGACUUGAGUUCAU